CGCUAGAAUCUCACCGGCAAAAUGAUCACGUGCCAUCACGUGAUACAUAUCUAACUUUAUGACCAUAUUGUCCUUUAUAAGCAUGAAAAGACUCCAUUGCCCUUCUUGUGACCAUCACCAUCAUCACUGAGGCAAUCCAUCGCCACCACCAUCAUCGCCGAAAAAAUCCACUGCCACCACCAUCAAGCAUAAUGACCACCUCAUCUAUGGUCCCUAGCAAUCCAAACGCACACAUCAGCACCUUCUCUCUCCUCUCCCUGCAGACCAAUCCUCUUCAGAUUGUUCAUCAAUGAUUUCACCCUCCGAUUUCAAAAAAGAACAGAAAAUUAACAAAUUGUAAUCAAAAUGGCUAAACAGAGACAAUAAACAAAACAAUAUGGAAUAACACUGGGUUUUUUCCCACAGAAUUUAGAAAAAUCAUUAAAGCAGCCAUCAGUCCUCCGAGCUCGUCGCCGCCACAGUUCUUCAUCACAGCCGAGAGCUCCAUCGGCCAAGCUCAACGGUCCAUCUCCGCCGCUGUGCAGUUCAUCCUCGCCGGAACAAUCUAUAAUUUUCAACGGAUUAUGACAGUACCUUGUUCGCUUAAGUUUCAUCUAUCUGAACCUUGUCGCCGCCGGUCCGCAAUCACUUAUCACGCCAACUCAUACAGCUUCGGCUAGAUUGCACAACGGCCGGCGAACAAGAGGGAGACUCGGUGGGUUUUGAUGGAGAGAUGUGGAGGAAAAAAUUGGCCAUAUGAGGAAGAAGACGACUGCCGCGGCGUGGGGCGUGCAGAGCACGCGAUUUGCAGUUACCGGCGCGUGUUGAAUUCCUGAAAUUAUGUCAUCGCCUCCACUGCUGCAGAUCUAUUUAUUGAUGACGAUUUGGUAAACCCAUGGCCGCCACCUGCAAAUCAAGACUGGUGGUUGUAGUGAUGUUGCAAUCUUUGGCACCACCCAUACCAAGUGUUGAUUCAAACCCAAGCGGCGUGAAGGUGGGUGAUGAAAGGUCAGAUUUGAAGGUUUGGUGGUUCAAUUUAUCUCGACGGUCAGUUGGCGUCUUUCUCCGAUGAGGUUCGACACGACUGCCGUUGCAAAUCCAUCUCUGCCGGCGACCACAAACCCAAAAUCAAUCACUUAAUCACAACCCCCACACUCAACCCAACCAAUUCAACCACCCAAUCACCAAUUCGGACCAGAGAGAUUUUCAGAUCAGAGAGAUUUUCAUGCCGGCGCUAAGCUCCACCAUGACCGAGGGCAAGAUUGUGUCGUGGGUCAAGUGAGAGGGUGUCAAGCUCUCCAAAGGCGAGAGUGUAGUCGUCAUCGAGUCCGACAAGGCCGACAUGGACGUCGAGACCUUCUAAGACGGUUACUUGGCCGCCAUCAUGGUCGACAAAGGUGAUGUCUGUCGAGUUCCUCACGACGGUACAUAUAUACACAUCUAUAUAUCUAUAUCUAUAUACACACAACAAACCUAUUCCCGUCGCUCCGCAACCGUGCGCCGCCUUCUUUGGGCUCGAGUCGAUAGUGGAUGAAGGUUAAUUUUAUUAGAAGGGCAGUUUCAUCCUCUUAUUUUUUGGUGGUGGGCAAAUUACAACAAAUUUAUAAUUUAUGGUAAUUUUUUUUAGUUCAGAAAAAUUAGUUGCAAAAUCCCUAUAGUUCAGGAAUUUUUUUUUUGCAUUCUCACCAAGCCUCUCUGUGCCUCGGGUGAGGUGUGUCUAUCAACCUUCCAGUUGUUAGGUGAGUUGUGCCUAUCAAUCACAAAUCAUCCAAAAACUUGGGUUGAAUGCAGCGUAGAAAAAACAAGACUUAUUUUUUUAUUAAAAAAGUAUACAAUCAAAAAUAUUGUUUUGUUAUUUUUAUUUUAUUUAUCUAUUAAUUUUGUUAUUGAGAUAUGUGACAAAUGAUUCUGGAAAAAUUGGAGUAGAAAAAAAUUGUAGACUUGUUUUUUACCGAUUGUUUAUUUGAAGAUAGCAAUCCUACUAAGUUAUUCAGACAUUUGAUGUCGUUGUAGAUAAUUUAUCAUAUUUGAUAACUUCCAUCCAAAAGAUAUCACAACUCAAUAAGAGGAGGCAAAGAAUUCACUCCAAAUGCGGUUAACCAUGUCCUCCUCUUCUCUUCCUCUCCCACUCUCAUCUUCUUUUGCUAAUAAUCACAGUCACUGUCACCACCAUAACCGUUCUUCACCCUCAUCCAACCUCUCGUUACCCCCAAACCCACCUUCCCAAAUUCAACCAUGGGGUUCCGAAGACUCCUACACACAGACGUCUCUCGACCCACCACCCCACAAAACCCGGUCAAUUCGAUACCGACUCAGUCAAUUGUGCCGAGAAGGCAAACCCCAUAUUGCCCGACAACUGUUCGAUUCAAUUCCCCGCCCAACAACCGUAAUUUGGAACACAAUCAUCAUUGGGUUCAUGUGUAAUAACAUGCCCGAAGAAGCUAUCUUGUUCUAUGCUCGCAUGAAGUCUUCAUCCCCUGAUACCAAAUGUGAUGUCUACACUUACUCCUCCACUCUCAAAGCGUGCGCUGAAACCGGGCAGCUUAAAAUAGGUAAAUCAGUGCAUUGCCAACUUCUUCGUUCCCAUUUGUAUCCCAGCAGAAUUGUCUCUAAUUCUCUCUUAAACAUGUAUGCUACUUGUUUGAGUUCAACAGAAGAUGAAUUGGGUUGUUUUGAUUCUGAUUUGUCUAGAUAUGAUCUGGUGCGUAAAGUUUUUGAUACAUUGCGGAAGAGAAACGUGGUUGCUUGGAAUACCAUGAUUUCCUGGUGUGUAAAAACAAAGAGAUACGUAGAAGCAGUUAGGCAUUUUGUGAUGAUGAUGAAAGUGGGAAUAAAACCCACUGUUGUAAGCUUUGUCAAUGUUUUCCCGGCUGUUUCGAGGAUGGCGGAUAAUAACAAUGCGAAUGUUCUUUAUGGGUUGCUUCUUAAAUUGGGUAGUGAGUAUGUAAAUGAUCUGUUUGCCGUGAGUUCUGCGAUUUGCAUGUUUGCCGAGCUUUCUUCCCUUGAUUUGGCUACGAAGGUUUUCAAACACUGUUUGGAGAGAAAUACAGAGGUUUGGAACACUAUGAUUGGCGCAUUUGUUCAGAAAAAUCAUCCACUUGAAGCAAUUGGCUUUUUUCUGAAAGCUCUAGAAUCAGAACACAGUAUUCUUCUGGAUAAUGUGACUUUUCUCUCAGCUCUAACGGCAGCUUCACAGUUACAGCAGUUGGAGUUUGCUCAACAGCUACAUGCGUGUACAAUUAAGAAUUCAUUGGCAUUGUGUGUCAUUGUACUGAAUGCAAUAAUUGUCAUGUAUUCAAGGUGUAACUGUAUUGAGAUGUCAUUUGAAGUAUUCAGUAGAAUGCAGGAAAGAGAUGUUGUUUCCUGGAAUACCAUGGUUUCUGCUUUUGUGCAGAAUGGGUUAGAUGAUGAAGGGUUGAUGCUUGUGUAUGAGAUGCAGAAGCAAGGGUUCAUUAUUGAUUAUGUAACAAUAACUGCUCUACUUUCAGCAGCAUCAAAUCUAAGAAACCAAGAAAUUGGAAGACAAGCCCAUGCUUAUCUUUUUAGGCAUGGUAUUCAAUUUGCAGGAAUGGAAAGUUAUCUCAUAGACAUGUAUGCUAAAUCUGGUUUGAUUGAAGUGGCACAAAAACUUUUUGAGAAAAAUUGCAUUCUUGACAAAGAUCAAGCCACGUGGAAUGCUAUGAUUGCUGGGAACACACAAAAUGGGUUAAUUGAGCAGGCUUUUAUUGUCUUUAGGCAGAUGCUUGAGGAAAAUGUGACACCCAAUGCUGUAACCUUCGCAUCAAUUCUCCCUGCCUGCAAUCCAAUGGGAAGUAUGACUCUAGGUAAGCAACUCCAUGGCUUUGCCAUUCGGAAUUCGUUGGACCAAAACAUUUUUGUGUGCUCUGCUCUGGUAGACAUGUACUCAAAAUUGGGUGCAAUCACUUAUGCUGAAAACGUGUUUACUAAUUCCCCUGAGAGAAAUUCUGUUACAUUCACCAACAUGAUAUUGGGUUAUGGUCAGCAUGGGAUGGGUGAGAAAGCACUCUCACUUUUUCACUCAAUGAGGAAAUCUGGUAUUAAACCUGAUGCAAUUACAUUUGUUGCAGUCUUGUCUGCUUGCAGUUAUGCUGGAUUGGUUGAUGAGGGCCUUCAAAUAGUUGAAUCAAUGGAAAAUGAAUACAGGAUUCGGCCCUCACCUGAGCACUACUGUUGUGUUGCAGACAUGUUAGGGAGAGUUGGGAGGGUGGUGGAAGCCUAUGAGUUUGUUGAAAAAUUAGGUGAAGAGGGUAAUAUAUUGGGAAUUUGGGGAUCACUUCUCGCAGCUUGCAGAAUUCAUGGAGAAUUUGAGUUGGGAAAAAUUGUUGCCAAUAAGCUGCUUGAUAUGGAGAGGGGAAAUAGCAUGGCAGGCUAUCAUGUUUUGAUGUCAAAUAUGUAUGCAGAGGAAGGAAACUGGGAGUAUGUUGACAGAGUAAGAAGGGGCAUGCGGGAGAAAGGUUUGAUGAAGGAGGUUGGCUGCAGUAGGAUUGAUUUAGCUGGGUAUGUGAACUCUUUUGCAUCUAGAGAUCGAAAGCACCCUCAAUGUGAUGAUAUAUAUGAUAUGUUGGGAGAUUUAACUAUAAAUAUCAAAGAUGCUGGGUACAGGCCUCGUCUUGAUUCGCAUAUAGGCUGGAUUUCUGAAUCUGAGGAAUGAUAAAACCUCUUUUUCCAUUUGGAUGGCCUAUGGAAUUACAACUGGGAGACUAAUCACUUCAUGAAAUGUACUCCACUGGCUAUUGCUAUUGCCUUGGUUGAUGGAUGGCUGGUGGUUGAGGCUUUGUGAUUUAAGCCAAUACCAUUUGUAGAGCAGAUCAGUGUCAUUUGUCGGUGGAUGUUGCCCAAGGCCAUCUGCAUCAUAUAUGGUGGAACAGUAUGCUUCAGUGUUGUAAAUGUCAGUUUUCAGGUGGACAUGGAGCAAUGAGGUCUGAGCUGACAUAGGUCGAAUGAGAUCAUUCAAUCAACUCAAAAAAGUCUAAUACCAAAUUUUCAGCAGCAGAAGCCAGAGCAAGAGUGGGAGCAUGAGUCAAUGUCCAAAAUUUGGUAGCAUGUGGAAGGAAUUUGGCAGAAGGGGUUUCCACCAUUGGAAACUCUUUCAACGCGUGUUUGGUGAUGUUACAUUGAAGAACAAGAAAUAUGUCAUAUUCGAAGUCCUUUCUGAUAGGUAAGUUUUGGAUGACUUCUCGAAUCUCAGUUUUAGUGAAUAAUUUCAAAUCUCCUAAUUGCUAAGCUUCCCUUGUAAUUAUUCAGAAAGUCUCAAAUUUGUUGUAUAACAAUUCAUCAUUUUUCUAAAAUAUUGAAAUUCAGUAUCCUUUUGAAAUCGAAUA